AUGCUCGCCUCUCACCAGUAGCAGAAGCAGCAGCAGCAGCUCUGUCUGGAUCAGUGGAGAUGGGCUGAGGCAGAGACCCGACAACACCGAGACCAACACCCGCUGACUUCAGCAGUUACAGGAGGGAACACUCGGUUGGCCGGCAUGUGAUGUGGACUAAGCCUUGCAGUAAAUGUAAAGACUCGGACUGAGCUUAUCUUUGCUGUCUCAUGGUUCUGACUCUGCAUACUUUCAGGAAUGUCCCAUUGAGAUACAAGAUCUCUUCUUCCAGGGAGUCCUUUAACCUCCCACUUGACUUCUUCCCGGUCCCGCUUCCCCCCCCCCCCCCUAUCCUCUCCAAUCCCGGCCCCCGCAGGCCAGGGAAUGUCCCGGCAGCGAGAUGCCUUACACGGACCGACAGAACCGCACCUGUGGCUUCCUGGACAUCGAAGAGAGCGAGAGCAGUGGCAAGUUCCUGCGGCGAUACUUCAUACUGGACACGCAGCAGGGGAGCUUGGUGUGGUUCAUGGACAACCCUCAGAACCUGCCUGUUGGCUCAGAGUGUGUUGGCUCCCUUAAACUCACCUACAUCUCUAAGGUCAGCGACGCCACUAAGCUGAGGCCUAAGGCAGAAUUCUGCUUCGUCAUCAAUGCUGGGAUGAGGAAGUUCUUCCUGCAGGCCAACGACCAGCAGGACCUUGUGGACUGGGUUGAAGCUCUCAAUAAAGCCACCAAAAUCACUGUGCCAAAGUCGUCUGAUGGGCAGCAGAAUGCAGAGAACCUCAAGUCUUUGCCGGACGUCGUAGGGCCCAAGAAACAAGUCUCCUAUCGGACAGAGAUCAUUGCAGGAGUCCCCAUUGUCACCCAGACACAGCAUGACAGAGGUGACGGUGCCGACAAAGCGGAGCGUGAGUCCAUGCAUCGCUCUCACAGCCAGCUGCCGUACUUCCUGGGCAGGCCGACUCAGGAACACACCGUCAUAAAGUCCGGCUUCUGCGUCAAGCAGGGAGCGGUGAUGAGGAACUGGAAAAGGCGGUAUUUCCUCCUGGAGGAAAACUCAAUGAGUUACUUCAAGUCAGAUUUGGAGAAAGAACCUCUGAGAAUGAUCCCACUGAAGGAAGUUCACAAAGUCCAGGAGUGCAAACAGAGCGAUAUUAUGAUGAGAGAUAAUCUGUUUGAAGUCGUCACGACAUCAAGGACGUUUUACAUACAGGCGGACAGUCCAGAGGACAUGCACAGCUGGAUCAAGGCCGUCUCAGGGGCCAUCGUGGCCCAGCGGGGGCCCGGGAGGUCGGCUGCUACAAUGCGGCAGGCCAGACGGCUGUCGAACCCCUGUAUACAGAGGUAUACGUCUCGAAUCGGGGAGUGCAGCAGCACUCUGCUGCAGCUGUGUACCUGUCUUAGAUGUGUGACAUCCUGCUUGUCUCUCCUCCUCCCUCCUGUUCGCUGCCUGAGCACGGCCGUUCCACUUUCUACCGCAGCCCCGCGGGCCCCCCCGCCCCUCGCUCGCCCAUAUCUGCCAUGCCACCAUGCUACCCAGAGUGGGGGGCUGCUGUCCCGUGCGGUCCACGCUCGCAGCCUGGCGUGGGACAGCGAGCACUUCAUGAGUCUGCUGCCACGGCCCAGUCACAGCCGCACGCCAGCGCGCCUGUCCCUGCAGGAGAAACCGCGCCUGGCAAAGUGACCCCCCCACCCACCUGAGAUCACCAUCAAUCACCCGAGGGAGUCACCGUGGCGACGGCGGAGCAGCUUCGAGCCCCACAUGCCUGAACCGCCCCUGGACCUGGAUGACGCCGACCUGCCGGUGAGCGAGGUCUGAGACGCUGCACUGGACAUUUUGAAACUUGCUUUUCAGGUGGAUGCUGACAGCGAUUUAAAAAAAGGAAACCGUGUGAGACUGGUAAAAAAAAAAAUGGGAAGACGUUGGCGGACAAUUUAUAAUGUCACAAACUUCCUCCGUCAGUGUGCUAAAGAAAGAAGUUAGGUCACCACUGAACUGCCAAAGAAGACGACCCAGUUUCACCCCCCCCUUCCUGCUUUCCCAAUUACAAUGGUGUAUUUACAAGAUGAUGUUGUCAAACAAAACCACACAUUUGAGUUAUUUUGUGCCGAUUAGAAUUCAAUGACAGAGCUUCAUUUGAACCUGUACAGGUGAAGUGAUGUGACGGAGGAUUUUUGUAAACCACUUUGUGCCAAGAAAAUAAGGGAAAUGUCAUGGUCGCAAACUAUUUCCUUUAUCCUAGAGAGCAACGGUGUUCAAACUGAGGAAUGGAUAUUCAUCACCUCCUAUAUACUGAUUAAGAGUGUGUAGUCCAUUCAUACACUCACAUUGUAACCCUGGAUUUCACUUCCAAUGUUGGCCGGCAAUAGAGAUAUGGUUUAAACCUGAGUCUGAGAUUGAAUGUAAUAUUUCAAUUUCAAAGAUUUUGGACUCUUCUAGGACAAGAUGCAAACAUUGUAGGUAUUCAACAUAAGCCAUUGUGUAGUAAUAAUUACGAAGAACAAGUAGCUCACAUGUAAAUCUAGUUUCUACAGUUGAUCAGUUAUUGUUAUUUUCAAAGCUAAAACAGUACAUGCAUCACUUCAGUUCAGAACCAGCAUCUUUUGCAAGCUAGAUUCACGCAUACCAGACUUUGUGAAGCUCGAGGACGCGGGAGGCAAACAAGACAUACAAGGAGUACGCUUGUAAGCAUUUUGUAAUUCUCAUAGUAAUAAAAACUUCAACAAUAGGGCUCUGUCAGAUAUAGGUAAGGUUCCUUACAGAUAAUAACUGUCUACCGGCAUGGCGUCUAACCUGCAGUCCAUCGUUUGAAGAUGAGUAUUAACACCAUGCAAACUAUUUGGUUCAGUUAAACGGACAAAAACCUUUAAGCUCAGACUCUUCCGUUGCAUGUUAACUUUUUAAUGAUUCCUCAGAUUGUCUUUCUGUUUUUUAGUUUUUAUUAAUGGCGGCUCUGUGUGUUGUGUGUUUGCAGAAUAGAGCUGUGUGAAGCAGAUUUAUUUUUUAUAUGCUCUAGAUGUUUCCUAAUCUAAUGCUGUGUCCCUUUUUUGCCAACCCAGCAGCAGGCAGCUGCCUUAUGGUUUAAUUUAAGGAUGUUUCACUGUAGUCCUGUUAAAUAAUACACACUAACCUUUUUUUGUUAAGUGCCUGCUUAAUUUCAGACCAACCUAGUCAAGCUGUUCCACCCCAUUUCAGUCUGGUGUAAUCGGUUUGAAUUGUCUCUAUUUAUUAUGUGGAUGACUUGAAAGAAAUAAACACUGAAAAUGUGCUCAGGUUUCCUGGAGAAACA